UUUCAAGCCGCCGGCUGGAGGACAAUCGGGACAAAGAAAACAAAUGGUUUUGAGGAAGGGGCCAAAGGGACAUUGAUUUAAUCCUAAAAAUUUCUCCAGACAUGAAUAGGGGUGAUCGGUGGUUUUGGGCUGGACAGCCGCAUGGGCAGUACACAGUGAAGGAUGCCUAUCGUAAAUUCAUGGGUGAGGCAGAUUCUGCACUUGGUUUUUCAAAUUGGGGAUGUCUUUGGAAGAUCCCGGUGGCCAUGAAAGUGAAGGUUUGUUUAUGGCGCGCUCUUCGAGCAGAUGGAGUGUGGAGGAGUCUGCAUAUUGGAGGAGAUAGAAAUCUGACUUUUGGGGCUUGGUUCCAGCGGCAGUCCGAGGUUUGUACUCUUGAUGGGCUACAGAUUGUGGCUUGGACUAUUUGGGCACUCUGGAAAACUCGAAACACCGCUGUCUGGGAACGGCGUGUGGUGUGUUGCAGUGUUUUGUGGAUGCAAGCCUUUUCCCGCAGACUGGACGUGUUGGCUUUGGUGGAAUUCUUCUUACCCCCGAGGGCCAUUUUCAGGCAGCGUGUAAUGGUCCUCUUUGUUGUGUUCAAGAUCCAUUGGUGGCGGAAGCUUUGGCAUGUCGUGAAGUACUUUUGUGGCUAAGACGGCGUGGUGUGCGUGAGGUCGAGCUUUUUUCGGAUUGUCUUAGAGUGGUGCAGUUGCUUUGUCAAGAGGUAAGUCCCGAUAUUCCUUCAUACUUCGGGGGCGCCAUUGAUGGUUGUAGGGCU